UGUUCCUUGCGAAGGAAAGAUGGCGGCGUCCUUUUGAGAUUGCUCGUGCUCAGUUCGGCUCGUCAGUUUUCCUGAGCGUAUGCCCGUUAUUCUAACGUGUUCGUACAUUUGAAACCGCCUGUUGAAGCAUCAGACAAUGGCAGACGAUACAGAGGACACUGGAGGUGACGAAGAUCAGAAGCCGCAGAAGAAAGUUGCCAAGCAUGACAGUGGUGCUGCAGACUUGGAAAAAGUGACCGACUAUGCAGAGGACAAAGAAAUACGCACACAAGACAUCAUGGGUGCCAUGUCUGUUAUCGGCGAAAGGCAUUCCAAGGAGACUGCAGAAAAAGCUGCAAGACAAAAGGAGCUUGCAAAAGUUACAAUUAGAAAAGAAGAUGUGGAACUUAUUAUGCAUGAAAUGGAAAUCCCUCGGCAUAUAGCUGAGCUAAAAUUGCGGGAACAUCAAGGAAACGUGGUUGAAGCACUUAUUGAGCUUACAAAUUGAAUAACUGCUAAAAUUUGAUUGUUUUUAAUAAAUUUUGUAACUUGC